AUAGCAUUGCUGUUUUUCAGGAUUGAAAAAUGAAUUUAUUAGUAUUCAGUAUACUAAUAACUUAUAUACUGGAUAGCGUUUAUAGUGCACACAAUGGAUAUACUAAUGGAAUUGACACAACUACCAGUCAUCAUGGUGGAGGUGAAAGUCAGGAAAGUUCUGUAGAUGUUUAUGACAAAUAUUCCAAUGGUAAAAUAUACAGUAAUGAGUACACGAGCGAUGAUUCCAGCAAGUACACUGACGGUAAAAUCUAUGAUAAAUAUGGUCAUGAAAAGGGAGACGAUAAAUAUGCUUACGGCAAAAACCAUGGAAAAAGUUACGAUAAAUAUGCUUAUGACAAGUACGGGUAUGGUAAAUAUGGAUAUGAAAAAUAUAGUUACGACAAAUAUAGUUAUGGGAAAUACGGAUAUGACAAGUAUGGUUAUGAUAAAUAUAGUUAUGAAAAGGGUUACGACAAGCAUGGAUAUGACAAAUAUGGCAAGGAUAAAUAUGGUUAUGAGAAAGGUUACGACAAAUAUGUUUCUGAUAAAUAUGGUUAUGGAAAAAGCUACGACAAGUAUGGCUCUGACAAAAAUAGUUACGAGAAGGUUUACGACAAGCAUGGCUCUGAUAAGUAUGGUUACGAGAAGGUUUACGACAAGGAUGGCUCUGAUAAAUAUGGUUACGAGAAGGUCUACAAGUAUGGCUCUGACGAAAAUAGUUAUGAGAAGGGUUACGACAAAUAUGGCUAUGACAAGUAUGGCUCUGACAAAUAUGGUUACGAGAAGUAUGGCCAUGAGAAACAUGGUAACGACAAAUACGGUUACGACAAGUACGGGUAUGACAAGUAUGGUUAUGGAAAAGAUUAUGAGAAAUACGGUUACACCAAAGAAUAUGGUAAGCAUUAUAAGGAUUACUAUAAGAAAUAUGAAAAAUACGAUUAUGGUAAUAAAUAUGAAUACAGUGAUAGUAAAGAUCAUGAUAAGCAUGAUCAUGAUGAACAUGACCAUCAUGACGACCACGACCACCAGCAUCAUCAUCAUGGGCAUGACCACCAUCAUCAUGGACAUGAUCACAAACAUGGCAAAGGAUACUAACUACAGUGGAUAACUUCUUCCUAAGAUAUAUAAAAGCUAAAAUUAAUAGUCGCAGUAAAGUGUCUUUCUUAUUGUUUUUUCGAGUCAAUUGGUGAAUCAUAUAGACAGUGGAAAAAAGCCACUUCUAGUGUGAUAAUAAAAAAACUAGUUUUCAUUUCCGCUAAAAUAAUAAAAAUUACUAAAAUUCCAACGAUUGUAGACGUUAAUUUUAUUUGUUAAGCUAUAUUGUAUUAGGCAUAUGAAGAGAAAAAAUUUAACUAAUGGAUAAAAAUUUAUAAGAUCACAGUGCUGACGGAUGAAAAGUUGAUAUUACUGUUACACGAGUAGCAUCAGAAUGGUAAUUACGUUUAUUAUAGAGGGAUUAUAGAUAGAUAUCAUACAUGUAGUUUAAUUUGGAGAGUUAUGCGAUUAGCAUCUUUUUUAUUUAGAUUAACUUGUUGAGUGAAUCUAAAAUGUUUUUAAAAUAAAAUAUAUGCGCGUAUAUGUUUUAAACCAAAAACUUUUUGAUAGAUUUACAACGUAAAUUACGUGUGCUCAGAUAUUUGAGUAUCCAAUUAUGAUACUGAGGUCGGGAACUGAUCUAACUUUGACGACUUUUGGGAACCUGGGAUGCUACUUCACUCUGGUAUUAGAACCCUCGCCAAUGCCCAUCCACGACCCUGCAUCUUGGAAUUGAACCCUAAACCUUCAGCCUCAUAAGCUAACGCCUAAAUCCUAGACAUUUCAGCCGGCAUUCAACAGUGUCAAUGUCUAGCUUCAAUCAACUCACCGUACUGCACAACUCCUACCUGUUACCUGCAAUGGAUGGCUGUGAAAAUUUUACAAAUUCCCCAUAAUAUACAUUUCUUAGGUAAUAUAUUUGAGAGUUCGAGCCCUAGUAAGGUCGUGAGUGCAUACUGUUGGGGAGCUCCACACUAGGAUGAAAUGGGUUCCUGGUUUUCAACAGUCGUUUAGCUAAUAUCAGUUUGAGGUGUAAGACUACGGAUCGGGAUAUACAUGAUUUGACCCAAGAUUUUACUGAACUGGUGGUGUAAUUUCCACUCAUAAUCCUCA